AUGGGUGACCACAUUGACACAACGCCCUCACAAGUCGUGGAACAGAAGGAGGCUCCGAUUGAGACACCUUUGAAGAACGGGUCCGACAAACAGACUCUCAUUGAGCGCACCGUCGACUCACUCCUCACGCCACCAAAGUCCAUUUAUGAUGAUUACCCGAUCAAACUCAUCGAAAGAUACAUAGACGAGCCGCGGGAGCUGAGGGUUGCUGUGAUCGGAGCAGGUCUAUCGGGUGUCCUUGCUGGCAUCCUCUUACCAGCAAAGGUGCCCGGCAUCAAGCUCUCGAUUUACGAGAAGAACGCCGACGUGGGCGGCACAUGGUUCGAGAACAUCUAUCCAGGCGUUCGUUGCGACGUACCAGCCCACGUAUAUCAGUCAACAUUUGACCCCAACACACAAUGGACGGAGGAAUUUGCCCAAGGCGCCGAGAUCCGCGACUACUGGCAGGGCCUGGCGCGGAAAUACGACGUUUACAAGCACCUCCAUCUCGCACAACGAGUUGAAGGCCUGAACUGGGUAGAAUCACGCUCAAUCUGGCAAAUCACCAUCCGCGACCUCGCGACAGACGCAAUUCGCACAGAGGAGGCCGAGUUCGUCCUCACAGCCAUAGGCCGCUUCAACGCCUGGAAGCUACCAGACUACCCUGGUAUCAAGGACUUCAAGGGAGUCCUCAGACACGCCUCGAACUGGGACCCCAGCUUCGACCCGAGAGAAAAGAAGGUCGCGGUGAUUGGCAACGGCGCCAGUGGUAUUCAGCUCACAUCAAAUUUGCACAAGGUUGUCUCGCGGCUGGAUCACUACGCGCGGAACAAGACGUGGGUCACAGCUUCAUUUGCGGGCGACGAGACCUCCAUCGAGCCCAUCGUCAUCCCCGAGAACCUCAGAGAGACCUUCCGCAAAGAUCCAGAGGCGUACCUCCUGUACCGCAAGGAGCUGGAGAGCAAAUACUUCCGUCACUUCACCGGCUGGCUGAAGGGCUCGAGCGAGAACGACGAGGCGCGAGAAAAGUUCCGCAAGUUCAUGAAUGACAGGCUCACCAAGAAACCCGAGCUCAUCGACGCCCUCAUCCCAGACUUCUCGCCACACUGCCGGCGUCUAACACCCGGGCCGGGCUACUUCGAGGCCAUUUCUUCCGACAAGACGGAGUACAUCCAGACGCGCAUCAAGCGGAUCACGGAGACGGGUAUCGAGACGGAGGACGGCAAACACCGCGAAGUCGACGCGAUCUUUUGCGCUACAGGCGCGAAUGUCGACAUGGCGCCUCCAUUCCCCAUCACGGCCAAGGGCCAGGACCUCCGCGAGGUCUGGCGCCCCGAUGGACCGUAUACAUACUUCGGCUCCGCAACGCCCGGGUUCCCGAACCUGCUCUUCAUCCACGGCCCCAACGGGUCGGGACGCUCCGGCACGGUCCCGCACAACGUCGAGAAUCAGAUUACGUAUUUCGCACGCAUCCUCCGUAAGGCGAGCCGCGAGGGGAUCAAGACAAUUCAGCCUACCAAGAGGGCGGCGGACAACUUCACACAGUACUCUGAUGCGUUCUUCGCGACGACGGUGUUGUCAGAGAACUGCAGCUCUUGGUAUAACAGCGGUAAGGCCGGUUCAAGGAUCCACGGCUUAUGGCCUGGGUCUGCUACGCUGGCGACGAUCGUACAACGGGAGCCGCGGUGGGAGGACUUUGAGUAUGAGUAUGUCGGGGACUCGGAAAACCCUUUCUUGUGGUACUUUGGACUUGGAUGCACGAAGAGGGAGCUGGACCCGGAAUCCGACGUGACUCCUUACCUUAAGGCUGGAGGUGUGGAUGUCAAAGAUGUCCAUGAGAGUUGGCAUAGUGUUCCUUAG